AACGUAGGGCCUCGUCAAACGACCAAGGUGACACAACCACACACACAAGUGGAUUGAAACAGAAUCGUACCGGUGACUCGCUGCAAUGAAGUUGUACACAUUCUCGGUGAAAUGGCACUGUCUGUGUUUGUUGGCCACCUACACGUGUUGCUGUACUGGAAACAAAGUGGAGUUGAAGCUGCAGGCUAUCCAAGACGGCCUGACCUCAGCCCAGGGGGUGAUAGGGACAGAUAUCCUGCCCCUCGUGGAUGGCCAGUGCCCCUGUGGGGAAGGUUGUGACAAUGUCACAUCCUCUGACAAUGUGGCGGAAGAAGCAUGCUUUGAGUGUCAAGCUCAGAUCAUCAACCUGUUAUUCGACGAUCUGCUGGACCAACUCCAAGUAUUGAAAAACCUGUCGGAUACAGAUUGCAAAGAUUGCUCCUUCAUAGUGGCAGUAGACUCGAAGCUGGUUGCUCUUAACCGUUUCAACACGACCCUUAGUAUUGAAUCCAUAGUCAAUGCUGGAGGCAUCGUCGGAGUCGACGGCAACGUGACCUAUUUCACCGCUCAUGACAGUGGGGAGACCAAGAUCAUCACCAGGAACUGUGAUGGGGAAGAGGUGGAACUGACGACCUAUCCAUCAGGCUUCCAACCAACAGGUAUCACGUAUAGUGGUCAAAGUGAUCAGUUUAUACUGACGACCGAAGCUUCAGGGACCGAUGAGCCUGGAACCUACAGAGUGAACGGGAGCGACUUCACUCUCCUACCGUCGCCGGAAUCUCGACAGACCCCUUACACCCGAAACACCUUUUACCCAUCACCUGGCAACGAUUCAGUUUUAGUAGCAUCAGGAACUCAGAUCUUUUCAAUCCCAAUUGAACUGGACGGUAAUGUCAGUCUGUUUUACGACUAUCCAUAUUUCAACGUCACUGCAUUGGACCUCAACUCAGACUAUUCAAAACUGUACUUCGGUGAUGAUCAAGGAAGACUUAUUGUCAAGAACAUCGCGGCGGGAUGCUACAAGAUCAUCAUCGCCGAACAAGGCCGACACAUAUCUGAUCUGAAGGUGGACCCCUGUACCGGAGAUGUGGCCAUAGUGUAUCUGGAUGAAAACGUGGUGGAGUUCGUGGACCCUCUGAAUGGCACAGUGACAAACGUCGUGAACUAUGUCUAUGCAGAUUUUCCGUCCAUCGCAUUCCUCAAUGACUACAUGAGCUAAAGAGGAUGUUCCAUCGACAAGGAAGCCGCCGGACAUUUCUAGCCAUAGGUUACGUUCCAUAUAUCUCUAUAUCUACACAAGCAAGAGUAAUAAAUCCUGAAAAGCAU